AGUCUCUGCGUAGAAACCGAGCGGACCUAUCAUGUGAGCGCGGACUAGAGCUGUGUCUCGAGUUGAAACAGCAGAAAGUGACAAGUCUUCGAAAUGGCGCAUCACUGGACGUUGAUUGUGCUUUUCAGCGGUUAUUUGCCGCUGGCACUGACCAUUCUGUUCACGGUAUCCUUCGCAUGGUUCUACACUCGGCGUUAUGCGUCCGAAACGCAGCAUAGUUGCCUGUCGCUGAUAACGGUGAUCAGCGGGCUUUCAUUCUCGCUAUUGACGUGUCUUCUCAUACCGAUCGACGUGUUCUUCGCCUCUUACGCCAAGCUCCACAAUGGAACUUUCGCGGAUUGGGCGAAAAACGGCACCCUGCUACAGGAUGUCGAAGACACGCUGGAAGGCACCUACUUCGCGUUCUACUCCAUUGUACUGAUCUACUUGUUCCUCAUCUUACCGUUUGUGUAUUUCUAUUCGGAAUACCAAACCGAUCCGAUACUGGAGUCGUCGUUCGCCCAGAGCUUCAGGCGUGCCAUUCUCUACACCUCGGUGUUCCCGCUGGCACUCGGCGUUAUGCUAACAAUGGGGGCGAUCAUUCCCAUGAGACAGAAUUCCCAUAACGCGACAGACUGGGAUUGGAUCCGUCACGAGCUCGUCGACAACAAGGGUCAGGACGCUUUUGGUUUCGCGUUUUCGAUCCUCUCCGCUCUCGGCGUCUGCACUCUGAUUUUGUAUCUCGGUCUCGGAAUGAUGGCUUUCCCACUGUCUCUCAUUCGAGGGUUCGCAUCGGCUGCCAAGGAACGCGUCAACCUCCGCGAGCAACAGGAGAAUCUGAAAGCUCGCAUAGCAGUCCUGAAAGGUCGAAUUCAGAUGAGGAACGCUUCGCAAGAAGAUUACCAAAUUCUCGCCGAGCUCACGGAAGAGGAAGCCCAGCUCCUUCGUCACGAGAGAUACGUUGCGGAGUUCCAAGCCACUUGGACAUAUCGACUCCGCCGGAUGAUCCGUCCCGUACAAAUGAUUUUCGGUUUCAUGGGGCUAUCGCUGUCGCUGUUGGUAGUGGUUUCACUGCUCUUGUCCAACGUCGAUAAGGUCACCAACUCGGACGCGAACUCAGGAUACGUUCUGAAGCUGGCAACGCUCCCGAACCCGAUAGAUUACAUCCUCUUGGAAUGCCAAAAGUUCCUCUCCCUCGAUUACGUUUUCUUCGGAUCUCUGAUCUCCUACCUGGUUGUCUGCUGUAUCUUCUCGAUCCAGAGAUUCGGCAUCUGGUGCUGCUGUUUCAAGGCCUACUCCAUCCGUCGAGGGCGUACGCUCCCGCAGGCCCUGAUAAUGAUGUGCGGUAUCCUGAUUCUUUGUGUCUUCGGACUCAACAUCCUGAUCUACGCGAUUUCUCCCCAAUACACGACAUUCGGAAGUCAACAUUACAUUCUGAACGACACGAUUAGGCCGUGUGAUUUCGACGCUCCGCCACACGAAUGUAUACAGACGAGGGCCACCUCAUUGCUGAACCGUUUCAACUACAGAAUGGCUGUCUUUGGUUUCGGAUACUAUUGGCUCUCCUGGUUAUUCAUUCUGGUGUCCGUCGGGGGUUACUUUGUGUUCCAGUUCAGGAGCCGGAUAUCUGUUGCCGGUCAGCGCGACGAGGAGGAAGACGAUCUGAUGGAGUGAUAGGGAACUCCUGCCAAUCUCCGUCUUAAUUCACAGACCGAACUCCGGUUGAUUAGCUCCGCUUCUAUGGGAUGGAAAUUCUCCCAGGCGUGUUCCAACCUAGGUGAAUCCGCGGGAACACUAUCCUUGUUCAAAUCAGCGAUAUAAGAGAAAAAUAGUGCUUAUAACUGCUCUUCGUGAUUUGCGAUCAAAGGAUAGCAAUGGUGGGAAGGUCUCCCAAGUUCAAACCCCGACCACCCGAUUCGCUCGCUUUACACGGUGGAAAUGAUCAGACUUCCACUUAAUUCUCCCGCACUGUGAUCAAAGAAGAAAGCUUCAGGUUCCAACGGACGGAAGUUCGCGCUCCUUCGUGUUCAGGUCUCCGUACAGGGCACUUGAGACCAGAUUGAUGGCUUAUAUAUUUUUCUUCCCAUUUUAGACGAUAAAUCAUCAGGGCUCGUUCUCCGAUAGCUUGAACUGGUGUAGAUUCUGGAACUCGUCUGUGAGAAGAGUUUUGGUGUCUGAUACUGGAAAUCGGGAUCGAGCAUUUCAGAGUUGUCCCCGGUGUUUGUGUUCAGUAUUCAAGAUUUUCAGGCCGGAGAUGAGUUUGUACAACAAGACAACUACGGCCGGUAACGAGGUUCCGGGAACGGAAAUGUAGAUUUAUGGACCUGCUGGGCGAGAGCUCGAUUUCAAGCGACUACUGUAUCCAUCGAGUUUUGAAUAAACAGACCUGAU